ACCGAGCCGAACACACACACACUGAUACCGGGCACACCGAGCCGAACACACACGCCGAGCCGCACACCCGAUCCCGGCAGAUGGACGGAACACACGCGCUCUGACGGAGAUCUUCACUCGUGGAUGUUCGGCUCGGUUCGGAGGUUCGAUCGCUCGCUAUUGUUCGGAUGUGCGACGCUGAGAAUCAAAGAGUCCGAUUGAUUCCCUAGCGAACAUGAAUUAUUCUGCUCUCCGGUGGGGUUCAUCGCCGUGCUUCUUCAUCUUCAUCUUCAUCAUCAUUCAGAGCGCGGCUGCGUUCCAGGUGACGCUACUGGACGACGAGCGGAUGCUGAUGUCGCUGGACCCGGAGGACGUGCGGCCGGACGUGUCGGUGUACGCGGUGCGAGUGUCCGGAGAGCCACACACACACACACUGAUGUUCCCGCGCCCCGCCGCCGCUCAGACGCUCCCGCCGCCGCUCGAGUUCAACGCCUCGUAUCACGGCCUGUGUUACUCCAUCAGCCUGAUGAUCGGGAACCACAGCGCGUCCCGAGCCGCCGCCACCCUCGCCGUGAUGACCCAGCCUCUUCCUCUAGACGCUGUGGAGAUGUCUGAUUACGGGCCGUCUCCAGAGACCGCUGUGGUGUUCCAGAUGCGUUCCCCGGAGCGGAGCGUCUUCAGCAGAGUGAACAUCAGCUUCAGCGAGGGCCGCACGCAGCGCUACAUGCUCUAUAAAGAUUUCCACAGAGGGAGGACGGUGUUCAAGCACUGGCUGUCGGGUGUGUGUUACAGCAACAUCUCCUUCCAGCUGAUCUCCGAGGCCACGGUCAACAAGAGCUCGAUGAUCAGCCGGAGCCCGGUCCUGCUCGCGCCCCGACCGCACCGCACCGUCCCAAACCCUCCUCUCAACGUGUCCCUCAAGAUCCUCCAGCUCAGCGGAUCUGACCCGCACGGGGGCGUUCUGAAGGCGUCCCACAAUGCAUCACUCCUCCGCAGGACACGUGACGUCCCUUCAACCGAAGAACAGGAGGGGGCGGAUCCUGACGAGGUGGGCGUCACCCAAACGCCCCUGAACGAGUCCGUAACCGACGGCGACAGCAGCACAACCGAACCCACACAUGACAACAGCACAGAGCCUCUGUGGGCGGAGCCUAUGGGAAGCCCCGCCCCCACGGAGGAGGAGGAGUUUGUCAACGCAGUGCUUCCAGAAUACGAAGACUCAAACGAGCCGGGUUCAGCCAUGGAUGUGAACUUUGACCCCAGAGUGAGGCUGGAUGUGACCUUUGACCCCAGAGUGAGGCCCAAUCCGCUGUCGGUCCUGCUGGAGCUGCGCUGGUCUCCGCCGACGACACACACCUCGUUCGACGGGUUUAACGUCUACAUCUACCGCGACGGAAACUCCACUGAAACGGCCACGGUGGAUGAAAACACACACGAGUUCUUCAGCGAACUGUCGGAGCCGGGAACGUAUCGGGUUCUCGUCACCACACUCAGCUCGAGCGGAGACUGUGAGGCCCGGGAGAGUUCUGCCGACACCGCGGUCACCUUCUACCUCAGUCCGCGGGGCGAGUGGAUGGAGCAGCCUCAGGAGUGUCCUCAGGCGGUGAGUGUGAAGAUGUUGGACUCGAGCACGGCUAGCGUCUCCUGGGCUCCGGCGACUCACAGGUACAACGGGAGCCUGAUCUCAGUGCUGUCGCUCACCUGUCUGAGGCCCAGCAUCAGCCAGCGCAUGGAGAACACCUACUGCUCACAGGAGAAUCUCACCAGUGACAUCAUCAGCAGCCUGACUCCAGGCGCUCAGUACAGAGUGGUGGUUUAUCACACUAACGGGCCGCUCGUUAGUCCCGCCUCUGAACCCGUCAUCAUUGACAUAGAGCCGACGGGUGUUCGUGAUCUGGUGGUGUAUCCUCUCAGUCCCAGCGCCGUGAUCCUCAGCUGGCAGCGCCCGUAUAACGUGGCCUUCCGCAAGUACGUGCUUCAGACGUUCUUCUUCAACUCGGCCACGCAGACGUCCCAGUGGACGACCUACUACGAGAUCGCCGCCACCGCCUCCGUCAUCGCCUCUGUGAGAGUGACGGAUCUGCUGCCGGCCUGGUAUUACAACUUCCGUGUGACGAUGGUGACGUGGGGCGACCCGCCUCUGAGCUGCUGCGACGGCUCCACCGUGAGCUUCGUUACAGCUCCCGAAGCUCCUCACAUCUCCUCGGUGGAAUACUCUCACGGGACGCUGUACGUGCGCUGGAACUACGGGGAUCUGUUCACCGACCUGUCGCACUCGCGCAUGUUACACUGGCAGGUGAAGGCGGAGGGGCGGAAGGGCUCACGGAGACGCUACUCCAUCGACGUGAUUCGCAACAUGAUGAAGGCGUCUCUGGCUCUCCCUCCUGGCGAUAUCUAUAAUCUGACGGUCACCGCCUGUACCGAGAGAAGCUGCAACACGUCUGCGCCUCACAUCAUGAAGCUCGAACCGGCUCCUCCGAGGUCUCUGUACGCGGUGAACGCCAGCGACACGGCGAUCACGCUGAUCUGGGCCGAGGACGGCGUCGUGGACUUCUACCAGAUCGCAUGCAGGCCGGUGGGAACGCACAGCAGAGAACGCACAAAGGUCCGAGAGCCGCUGGUCACCGGCGCUCAUGUCGUGACGGUCUCGGGUCUUCAGCCGUCCACCGUGUACAACUGUACCGUGAUGAGCAUCAGCUUCAGCAGCGCCAGUGACCCGGCCCACAUCACCGUCAGCACGUCAGUGCGCGAGAUGAACCCGAGUGUGGCGGCCAUCUCUGCGCUGGCGGUUCUCAGUGUUCUGCUCAUCAGUCUCCUGGUGCUGUUCCUGCUGGUGUUACGCAAGAAACACAUGGAGCUGAGCCGGGAUUGUGGCGCUGAAACCUUCGUCAACUUCGCCUCGUUCGAGCGGGACGGGAAGAUGCCGUAUAACUGGCGCAGGAGUCUCUUUGCGUUCCUCACGCUUCUGCCAUCCUGCCUUUGGACUGACUAUCUUUUGGCCUUUUAUAUUAAUCCGUGGAGCAAAACUGCACUGAAGAAGAGGAAACUAACCAGCCCAGUUCAGCUCAGUGAUUUCGACGCCUACAUCAAAGACAUGAGCAAAGAUUCGGCGUACAAGUUCUCUCUGCAGUUUGAGGAGCUGAAGAGUGUCGGUCUCGAUCUGUCUCAUGAAGCUGCUGAUCUGCCCGUCAACAGACCCAAGAACCGCUACACCAACAUCCUGCCCUAUGACUUCAGUCGAGUGAAGCUGAUCUCGCUGCACAACGACGAAGGCUCGGAUUACAUCAAUGCAAACUAUAUUCCUGGUUACGGCUCUCCGCACGAGUACAUCGCCACACAGGGGCCGCUGCCCGACACCAGGAACGAGUUCUGGAAGAUGGUUCUGCAGCAGAAGUCCAACAUCAUCGUCAUGCUGACCCAGUGUAACGAGCGCCGGAGGGUGAAGUGCGAUCACUACUGGCCGUUCACUGAGGAGCCGGUGGCGUACGGAGAGAUCACAGUCGAGAUGCUGUCAGAGACCGACUCACCCGAGUGGACCAUCAGAGACUUCAGACUGGGAUAUGCUGAUGAGACUCAGGAUGUCCUGCACUUUAACUACACGUCGUGGCCCGAUCACGGGGUUCCCACGGUCAACGCCAUCGAGAGCAUCUUACAGUUCGUGCAGAUCGUCCGGCAGCAGGUCAACAGAACCAAAGGCCCGAUCGUCGUCCACUGCAGCGCUGGAGUGGGUCGGACCGGCACGUUCAUCGCUCUGGACCGUCUGAUGCAGCACAUCCAGGAGCACGAGUACGUGGACGUCCUGGGCCUGGUGUCGGACAUGCGCUCGCACCGGCUCUCCAUGGUGCAGACUGAGGAGCAGUACGUGUUCAUCCAUCAGUGUGUCCUGCUCAUGUGGAAGAAGAAGAAGCAGCAGUCGCACACUAGUGAUGUCAUCUACGAGAACGUCAGCAAGUCCUAAUGAAGUCUGACUCACCGACACAUCGACCGGCGACCGCAGAGGAGAGUCUCACACUCAUUUACUCCCCAUACAAGCUCUUAUUUAACCACCAAACAAAUCAAAUGCCUUAAAAAGACGAGCUGCCUCGUUCUCCCGGCCCGACGGAUCCAUCAGCAUCUAGUGUUUUAGUUUGUGUGUUAAUCUCAGGAUCAUCUGCGCUUGUUUUAGGCCGGUGUAAAGUGUGUGUUGUGAGUUUAUAUCGCACUCUGUCUGUAAUAGAGUUAGUUUUCACGUCUUCAGAAGAAGCCGAGCGGUUCGAAAACAGCGUUUUGGACCUUUAAUCUCCAUCACUGCCACACACUGAUGCGCUCGAGGGGUUCCGGACAGACCAUCAUAUCUGCCACUGUGUGAGAUUCUUCGAGUG